AUGAUAACAAUACAAAAUAUAUCAAUCAGUCAUCAAGAAGUAUUAAAUACAAUAGAAAUACUUGAGCAAUAUAUUGUGCAAAAUGAUUUUAGUGAAGCAGCCCAAUAUGAACAUGAUGAAGCUUUACUAAAAUUGCAAAAAGGAAAAGUAUUAAAACUUAUUUUGA